AUGGUGGAAAACGGAGCAUCCAGUGGGGGCAGUGAUAGCCCUAGUGCGACUUGUGCUCGUUCAGGUUUACUAGAGACAUUAGUUCGUGGAGUAUGGUACCGCGUUCAUUGUACACUCGAAGAAGACUAUCUCAGUGUAUGUUUGGAUGAUGGGUACGAUGCGACGACUACACUGAAUGGAACAUUAAAUAACAACAACGUAGAAACUCCAAAUAGCGAUUUUACAGAAGUGCCGGAAGCGAUUGCAAAUCAGAAACGUCUAGUACAGGUGGUAAAAUCAGAUAAUAAUGGCUUGGGCAUAUCCAUCAAGGGCGGAAUUGAGAACAAUAUGCCAAUAUUGAUAUCCAAAAUAUUCAAGGGGAUGGCAGCCGAUCUUACAGAACAGUUGUAUGUUGGUGAUGCUAUAUUGUCUGUGAAUGGUGAGGAUUUAAAAGAUGCUACACAUGAGGAAGCAGUAAAAGCGUUGAAACGAGCUGGGAAAAUGGUUCAGUUAGAAGUCAAAUAUCUUCGUGAAGUAACACCCUACUUUCGCAAGGCGUCGAUUAUCAGUGAAGUGGGUUGGGAAUUACAACGAGGGUUCAUGGCCGAUGUGCCCCCAUCACCACCUUCACCAAGACGUCGUCGUGCCGAUACACGCUACGUGCCUCUACUGAUGGCCUGCAUAGCUAAGAACUUGCGUCACCGUGACCCUGAGGAACGAACCAUUGAAAUUUAUUCUCCGGAUGGAGUCCACGCUUUAGCUCUUCGGGCAAGUAGUGCUCAGGGCGCGGCAGGCUGGCACCGAGCUCUGCACGCCGCCGUGCGCCGCGCUGCACGGGCUGCACUGGCACGAGCACGCCCCAGGUUGCGGCCUCUCUUAGGAGAUGUACGAUACGCUGGGUGGCUGGCACGACGGCCGCCUCAAGAUCAUAUGAGCGCUUCCGGGGGUUCCGAUAGUUCCGACGAAGCUGAUGGCUGGCAGCCGACUUUUGUCGCCAUCACUGACCGGGAACUGAGGUUAUACGAGGCGGCGCCGUGGUCAGGCGAGGCGUGGUGCGCGCCUAGCGAGUGCUUCGGGCUGGCCGCCACGCGCCUGGCGUGGUGGCGGCGCGCGGGCGGGGCUGGCGGCGCGGCGCUGGGCGUGCGCGCUGGCACGCCGGCGGGGCUGGCGGUGCGCUCGCUGCGCGCCGACACGGCGCACGACCUGGCCGCCGUGGCCGGCGCGCUCGUAGAUGGCGCGCACCACGCGGUGCGGACGCAGCCUGAGUUCACUUUCCGGUGUCGGUUCCGGGGCGCGUGCGCGCGGCUGUCGCUGGGCGCGCACGGCGUGUGCGUGUGGGAGGCGGCGGGCUCGCUGGGCCGCGGCGGCGCGCGCGCGCUGUACCGCCGCCCGCUGCACGCGCUGCGCGCCUCCGCCGACGACGACCGCGCCGCGCUCUGGCUGCACUUCGCCGACGACGACACCGUGGAGCUAGACAUGGAAGGCAGCCCAAAGCCGGCGGUGUUCAUCCUGCACAACCUGCUGUCGGCGCGCGUGCACCAGCUGCCGGGCGAGGGCGCGUCGCCGCCGCUAUAG